UGUUCGCGGGGCCUGUUUGCGUGCUUGUUUACGUGCUUCUCUCGUGAGAUCUGGCGCCCCCGCACCGCGCCCAUCUCCGCUGUUCCUCCGCUGAGGCUCGAUGGCCGCAGGAAGACGCCGCUGAGCUGGACACAAGGACCGGACAGAAGGACCGCACCGGGGGACGGCUCGCGACGGUGGGAACGACCCAAAGGGAUUUAGACUUUUGUCGGAUUUAGUGUUUUUCUCCGUCUGAGCGUUUGCACGGGACUCCGGCGUGUGUUUGUGGAGGACAGCGCCCAGUCUCUGAGCCGGUGUGUCUCCCCCCCUCGGCGGGUCAAAAACUGGGUGCGGGGAGUUGCCGCUCCUCGGGUCGGACAAAAUUCACCAAAUCUGAGCCCCCAGACGGAGACGAGGCGAUCGGACCCCGCGCACAGUCAAUGUGAGAGAAGCACGGAGGCCACCGACUGAACGCGGAUCAGCAGAGUCUAGGUGGAGGAGAGCAGCUUUAGAAGAGGAAAAUGAGUGAACUGGACCAGCUGCGCCAGGAGGCCGAGCAGCUCAAGAACCAGAUCCGAGAUGCCAGGAAAGCGUGUGCAGAUGCCACUCUGUCUCAAAUCACGGCCAACAUCGACCCCGUGGGCCGGAUCCAGAUGCGCACCAGACGGACGUUGAGGGGCCACCUGGCCAAGAUCUACGCCAUGCACUGGGGCACAGACUCCAGGCUUUUGGUCAGUGCCUCUCAGGACGGCAAGCUCAUCAUCUGGGACAGCUACACCACAAACAAGGUCCACGCCAUCCCCCUGCGCUCCUCUUGGGUGAUGACCUGCGCCUACGCCCCCUCUGGGAACUACGUGGCCUGUGGAGGUCUGGACAACAUCUGCUCCAUCUACAACCUCAAGACCCGCGAAGGCAACGUGCGCGUGAGCCGCGAGCUCGCCGGGCACACAGGUUACCUGUCCUGCUGUCGCUUUCUGGACGACAACCAGAUCGUCACGAGCUCUGGAGACACCACCUGUGCUCUGUGGGACAUCGAGACGGGGCAGCAGACCACCACGUUCGCUGGUCACACCGGGGACGUGAUGAGUCUGUCUCUGGCCCCGGACACUCGGCUCUUCGUGUCCGGAGCCUGUGACGCCUCCGCCAAACUCUGGGACAUCAGAGAAGGGAUGUGCCGGCAGACGUUCACCGGGCACGAGUCCGACAUCAACGCCAUCUGUUUCUUCCCCAACGGAAACGCCUUCGCCACCGGCUCCGACGACGCCACGUGCCGGCUGUUUGACCUCCGCGCCGACCAGGAGCUCAUGGUCUAUUCCCACGACAACAUCAUCUGUGGCAUCACCUCUGUGGCGUUCUCCAAGAGCGGGCGCCUCCUGCUGGCCGGAUACGACGACUUCAACUGCAACGUGUGGGACACUCUGAAGGCCGACCGCGCAGGGGUGCUGGCGGGCCACGAUAACCGGGUGAGCUGUUUGGGGGUGACUGAUGACGGCAUGGCAGUGGCUACAGGGUCCUGGGACAGCUUCCUCAAGAUCUGGAACUAGAGUCCAAAGGAAAACCUCUGGACUCUUGAGUGGAAGACCAUUCCAACUUCACAAUGUAAAAUUUUCUGGCAUAUCCGAUCUUUUCCACCCACCUCCACCACCGCCACCGCCACCGCCAUACUGACUCCAGCCAUCCCACAAACUUAUCAAAGGGCAAAUCUCUCCUCCUCCUCCUCCUUUAUUUAAAAAGAGCACAACGUGGUCGCCCCUCCGAAGGAAAAGGAACGGCUCCGACGAUUGGCCGGCGAACUCAGCAAGCCCCGCCCCCUCCCUCCUCCCUGUCUGUCCGUCCCUCCUUUUCUCUUUCCCGCCGCCUCCUCCCUCCAUCCCUCUCUCCUCCUCGUCGUUCUUUUUCCCGCUGAGCGACCGCCGGGACCGACCGGGAUCGAGAGUUCGCCCUAGUUUUAGCGUGACCCCCUUUGACGUUUUUUCCGAAUCGCCCACGCCCGUCUGUACGCGCGCCCACGUUUUUUUUUUUUUUUAUAUUUGUUUUUCUACCUUUUCUUCCCCCGUGUCGUCAUGUCUUAGUUUGCACAAGCGGAAAAAAAAACAAAAAAACAACACACAUAUUAGAGUAACGUCGACUAACGAAGCACACGCCGUCUAUAACGAAAUAAUGAAUGCUCUUUUUUUUUUUUUUUUUGACAAGGCGCCCACACAUAGCAGAUUAUGGAGCCUGGCCCUUCCCUCUUUUUUCCCUCUUUUUCCGACUCCCUCUUUGCCCCGAUUCCCGCAGCGAAGAGAGCAAAUGGAACCCAGGACCCUCCCCUUUCCGCUCUUCCCGUCGGCGCCCGCGUUCACUACUUUUACACGCACGAAAAAAUAAAAAAAAACAUCGAAACAGACGAGGAGCAGCUCAAAAAACCCAGAAGAUCACGAGGCGUUUAGGGGCGUCUAGUCAUUUUUAACGUCUAAAAAUUCGCGGCGAUGAUUACUGAACGAAAACGCCGUUCGUACUUAAACCCAAACUUUUACGUAAAUGUUAAAACGUUUUAUUUUCAGCUGCGUUACUCUGGUAGUUUUUCGCUUUUAACGUAACGGACCAAAAAAAAUGGAGAGAUUGUAGUUUGUAAACGAGCGCGCAAACGUCCGAACGCGUGUCUAGUUUUUUUCCUCGUCGUUUCUUACCUCGUGCAGUUGGACGCCUCUCCUCGUCCGAGUAAAUGGAAACGGGACGUCGGAGCGCGUACGAGCUUCUCCGGACGUUAUUCGGAGCUUUGAGAUUCGAUUCGAGACUCCUCAAUCGUCAUUCCCGUGUUUACGCUUUCCGGAAAAUCGGUUUAAUUUGGACGAGACCAGUUCUUUGGUUUUCUAGGUGUGCGUAAAUGUAGUGAAAACUUGGCCACUCCCACUCAGACAAAUUCUGCGUUCGUUUAUCCGUCCGUCUCCUAAUCGAAUCUCGGAUGUGACGCAGUUUUAUUACGGUUCGUGUGUCCGAUUUGGAGAAAAACGCGGACGCUAAACCGGAAAACUGUUGUUGUUUUCGCGUCAACCGAGCACCAGGAGCAACAAAAUAAGUCUGUUCUUCAACUGCAAAACCUCGAGGAAGAUUCAGAAAGUAUAAUUCAGUUUAUUAGUGAAGUUAAAGUGUUGGUGUCGCUUCGUAGUCGAUCGUUUUGUCACGAAAUGGGCUAAAAUCGUGGGCGACACCGACGACCAAACCGACACUCAGUGAAACAAAAACAGUAAGUCUUGAGUAUCCAAACCUUUUUAGUCCGACGAUCUACUUUUACAAAACGAAAACGCGAAAGAGAACUUGUAGUUUUAGCGGUAAAUAAAGAGGCACGAAGAGUCUUGGAUGACGUACAGACAACGACUAUUAAACAUAAACCAAUAUCUGUUUAUUAGUGGACGAAGUUCGGAAUUAGAAUGACACACGUACAAUGGAAAGAGGCUUUUAAUGAAUCAAAUUUUACUUAUUGAGCUCAAUACGUAUGAUUGAGAAAUAGUUUGGAGAGCUGCUUGGAAGUGGGAGACUGAAAUGAUCCUUUAAACCAAACCAAAAGCUCCAAACAUAAAGUUGAGUUUGUACGUAAAAGUGACUCUGGGCGCCGCGUCUUGGUUGGAUUCUGUCUCAGAAUCUUUGCCUCGGAGUUUUUCCGAGUUUCGCCGUCCGAGGGAAAGGGGCGUGUCCGUGUGUUUCGCCGGGCAACGUCCUCGGAGCUCAGAGUCUGAUGGAUAAACGAACGCGCCAAGAAGCUCCUCCCCCUCAUACAGAAGCUCCUCCCCCUCAUACAGAAGCUCCUCCCCCUCAUACAGAAGCUCCUCCCCC